CUCUCUCAAAGAGAGUGACAUACACUCACAUUGCCACAUAGGCAUUUAGGUGGUAACUAUUUCAUUUUUAAGUAGUUUAGGGGUAAUAGAAAUCCUUAAAGUUGUUGAGAAUUUAAGUAUAGAUUGAAAGGGUAUUUGAUCAUUUUCUCUUUUAAUUUUUAAAGUGAGUAGCAAAAUGCAAUUCUCUCUACUUCACUUAUUUUGGGAGGCUAAUUUAUAGCUCUAGAGUGCUAAAACCUGCAAAUAAAAACAAUGCAUUCUAAGGGUGUGUUCGGAAUAGUAGAAAACAUUGCUAGGAAGAAAGCACUUAUUUGUCUAAAUUGAUUCUUUCUUAAUCCUUAUCUCUGAAAGCACUUGAUUUACAUGAACUAGAUAGGAAGAAAGCCAAUUCGAGGUCAGGAUAUUAGGAGAAAUCAUUUGAAGAUUUAAAAUUUUUGGCAUAUGAAGGUUGAGAAAGAUGUCUAUAUGCAUAUGCUAAGCUCUAAGCAUUGAUACAAACUAUUGUCAAUCUAAAGCAUGAGUAUGCUUAAAAGUUGUUCUUAGCCAUGAUGUUAAUUUUUGAACUUGCUCAAGGAUGAGCAAAAGUCCUAGUGUAGAAGGGUGAUGUUCGGCUAAAAGUAUAUAUUUAUAGUUAAAAAAAUUAUGUUAUCGCCUCAUGUCUUAUGCAUAAUUGUAUUGUUACGUCAUUAUCUUGGGUGUUUUGAGCUUAUUACGAGUUCUAUAAAAAAAGGCAGUUCGGUGUACUAAAGCUACUGCUAUGCACGGUGUUCGGGAAGGGCCCCACCACAAGAGUGUAUUGUAUACCGCCUUAACUUGCAUUUUUGCCAGAGGCUGUUUUCAAGGCUUGACCCGUGACUUCCUGGUAACAUGGCAGCAACUUUACCAGUUACGCUAAGGCUCCCCUUAAAAAGGCAGCCCGGUGCACUAAAGCUACCGCUAUGUGCCGAGUCCGGAGAAGGCCCCACCACAAGGGUAUAUUGCGUUUCUGCCAGAGGCUGUUUCAAGGCUUGAACCCGUGACCUCCUGGUCACAUAUCAUCAGCUUUACCAGUUUUAUGUGUAUAGAAAAUGUAUCGGAUGAACUCAACCAAAAAAAUGUAAGUUUGGUUUGAUUUAAAGCAAAAGAAUGAGGAUUGAAGGAUAGUUGGACUCAUCUGAGGUCCACUCCUUGCAACAUAGACAGGAGAGCCAAGAAAUAAGGGAAUUGUGGAGCGGGCCAGUCUCAUCUAGGGUCCUAGCAAAGUGAGAGUUUAGACAAGUCGAGCAAAAUUGUUCCAAUGAGUUUAUUUGAGUUCCUAUAGAUCCUAGCUCAUGUAAAUUUCCUAGAAAAGAUAUUGUGAAGAGGCAUCACUUUUGGGACACAUUAUUUUUGAGGUGAGAACACACAAGGAGUGAAAGUGACAAAAUUCAACUUCGAGUUUCACUUUCUUUGUUUCUUUUACUUGUUCGUUAUGGAAUUCUAUGCUAUGCUCUUAAAUAAUAUUAUGAGUAGCUAGAUUUCUUAUUUUGAUGGAACCAUUUGUAGGAUGGAUGUUAUUACAUUUUAAUAUAAUUGAGCCUUUGAAUUUCUCUACUUUUUCAACUAUGUUCUUAUUUUGGUUGAUUGAAUGACCAUCAAUUACAUGAACCUAUUUAUUAUGUAUUGCUGAAUCCAUAUUUAGAUAGUUGUUGAACAACUUCAUUUCUUAGGUAUAUGAGAGAUACCAUUAUAUGGUAUAGUUAUAGGAUUUCCAAUAGUGUAAAGAUGUAAAUAUUAGAUCUUAAAAUAUAUGGGGUCUAUCCAUAAUUUAAUUUUAGCACUAGGAUGUUUAGUGUAAUUAAUCCAAAAUUAAAAGAUUUUCAGAAUCCAAUUCCAUUUUGCACAGUAUAUAAGCAUAAUAACCUCCAUUGUGCAAGCUUCUCAAAUUCUCCGUCACUCUCUGAACACACCUGUCAAGCUACUCAACACCUGAAAGAAAAGAUGAUAAUCUCUAAGCUUUGUUCGUGAAUUCCAGCUUUGUUGUAAAAUGAGAGAGAAGAACAGAGCCCAUCGAAGGCCACUAAAUUGUCAGAUGGGUUCAUCCCAACAAUUUCAGAAUGGUGUAUUUGAUGCUAAUGGAUGGGGCUACUGUAAAGAGGAACAGUUGGAAAAUAUCUUGUUAACGAAUUUGGAUUAUAUGUACAAUUGGGCUAUUGCAAAGCUUGUGUCUUUGGGUUAUGAUGAAGAAGUGGCUAUGAAAGCUAUACUUAGAAAUGGCUACUCUUAUGGUGAUGUGGAUGUUUUAACUGAUUUAUUGCAUAACUCAUUGUCUUAUUUGAGUAAUGAAAAUGUUGAGGAUACCGAGCAUAGCUUUGCUGAUUUGAGGCAGUUAGAGGAGUGUUUAUUGGCUGGUAUGGUGUGUUUGUUGGAGCAAGUUAACCCACAUUUGAGUAAAGGAGAUGCAAUGUGGUAUUUGCUUAGGAGUGAUCUUCAUGUUGGUCGGGCUUGUAUGAUAGAAAUUCCGGUUCGUCCUCCCCAACAUGGGAAUGGCUCGGCUAGUGUCCCGGUUAGUAGCACUAGUAAUGUGGUUGGGGUUUCCGGAAUGGAGGGGCUUACCUCAGGAUCUUUGCAAAGGGAGAUAGAGUGUCCAGAGAAGUUUAAUCUCACACCUUCAAUGAAAGAUUUGUUGAAGAGGAACGUCUCAGCUUUUGCUGCUGGAUUAAGGGCAAACUCCAAGUAUGUGCAAAAUCAGUCCCAAGCUUGUCCUACUUCUUUGUCUGGUGGGGACCUGCCAAGUGGAAGCACAUCAGUGUUUGAAGGUGGACUUGUGCAGUCUUCUAAAUCUCAGAAUCUGGAAAACCAAGACGUAGUUAGCUCUCUCUUAACAAAGUUCCAUAAUUUGAAUCUCGAUGAGAAUUCGGAGCAGUUGGCCCAGAAGGACGAGAUGAUUCUGAAAUUGAUCCGUCAAAUAAAGGACUUAGAAAGGCAGGCGAAGGAGAAAAAAGUGUGGGCCCACCAGAAGGCAAUGCAAGCUGCAAGGAAGCUCAGUAAUGACUUAACGGAGCUUAAAAUGUUGCGGAUGAAAAGGGAGGAGACUCAAAGACUUAAGAAGGAUAAGCAGGUCAUCAGUAACACUACCACGAACAGUUUGGCACAUAUGGGGACUGCUCUACGGGAAGCAAUUGACCAAGCUCACUGUGCAAACCUGACAAUAAAAAAGCUUGAGAAUGAAUAUACUGAAACUAGCGCAGAGUUGGAGGCUUACAAGUUAAGUGCAUCAGAAUCAGCAGCAACCUGCUUGGAGGUUGUUAAAAGGGAAAAGAAGUGCCAAAAGAAGCUUGGAGCUUUGGGAAAAUAGAAAAACUAGCUGCACGAGGAUAUUGUUGCUGAGAAGAGGAAGAUCUCAGAUCUGAAGCAGCAAUUCGUUGAACUUGAAGCAGCUCAAAAGGAAGCUGAGGCGGAGUGGAGGCGGGAACAGAGGGCUAUGGAGCAAGCCAUGCUACAAGUAGAGGAGGAGCGGCGCCUCAAGGAAGCAGCUGAGGCUACAAAUAAAAAAAAUCUUGAGGCUUUGCGCCUUAGGAUAGAAACAGAUUUCCAGCGGCACAAGGAUGACAUCCAACGUCUUGAACAAGAUCUGUCUCGGCUUAAAGCAUCUAAUGAGCUUCCGGAAGGAGAUGGUGCAAGGAUGUUGCAUGAUUUUGAUAGCUUGGAUGUUAGCCGUGAUAGGGAAUGCAUAAUUUGCAUGAAGGCUGAAGUUUCAGUUGUCUUCUUACCUUGCGCUCAUCAGGUUCUAUGUGCAAACUGCAAUGACAACUACGGGGAGAAGGGAAGAGCUAUAUGUCCCUGCUGCCGGGUUCCAAUUGAACAGAGAAUCCGGGUCUUUGGUAUAACUCCGUAGGCCCUCGUUCAAGCUUUAUUUGAAAAUGGGCUGCUCAUGAACUGUCUUUUAAGAAAAAAAAAAGAACCAUGUUUCCUUCUCUCAACAGGGUUGAACAAUAUUCUGGAUUGAAUCAGCAAUACACUCGAAGAACUUGUUUGAUUCUCCGUAUAUAAAUAGUUAAGGAAAGAGGGGUGUGCAAGUAAAUAAGAGCCAGACCAAGUGGGAGGGAAGGUACAUACUGUUACUGCAA